UUUCUGAUAAACAAAAUACGGAAUAAAUUCCUUAUGACUCUCAGUAUCAGAGAAAACAAUCUAUGGCCUUAUAUUUUAUAAAUCAUUAGAAACAACAGAUAACUGUUUGUUCUACGUGCUCAAGGAGAGGAACCCUUCCAAGGUGAAGACGGGACUUGUCAGUCACCCCAAGUCAGCCAGAUGUGUCUCCACGCUACUCAUUCUUUAUCAACCCAUUAUAUUAAAAAUGAAGCUGAUACAUAAAGAAAUUGAUAAAGAUGGACGCGGGAAGAUGGUGUUGCUGCCAGAUGAGGGGGAGGACAUGUGGCACACUUACAACAUCGUUAUGGAGGGAGACCGACUGCGUGCAUCCACCAUCCGUAAGGUGCAGCAGGCUUCUGUCACAGGCUCCUCUACCUCUUCCCGCGUCCGCACAACCAUCACCAUCCAGGUGGAAGCCAUCACCUUUGAUACCGGUGCUUGCAUGCUCAGGGUGAAAGGCAGGAAUGUGGAAGAGAACCAGUACAUUAAGAUGGGUGCAUACCACACCGUUGACCUGGAACUCAACCGCAAGUUUACCAUCUUUAAGGAGCAGUGGGACUCUGUUACCAUUGAGCGUGUGGAGACUGCCUGUGACCCAGCUGCUCAUGCAGACUUGGCAGCAGUGGUGAUGCAAGAAGGACUUGCCUUUGUAUGCCUCAUCACCUCUGCCAUGACUGUGGACCGAGCCAAGAUUGUUUACAACAUACCCAAGAAAGGAAAGGCUGAUGAUACUCAGAGAAAAAAGGCAAUUACCAAGUACUAUGACCAAGUAAUGACAGCCAUCCUACGACACCUUAACUUUGAUGUGGUGAAGGCAGUGGUCAUUGCUUCUCCUGGGUUUGUGAAAGACCAGUUCUUUGACCACAUGAUGAAGAAUGCUGUUCAGACUGACAACAAACUACUGCUGGAAAACAAAAGUAAAUUUGUCCUUGUGCAUUCCUCCAGUGGCUUCAAACAUUCCCUUAGAGAGGUGCUGGAGGACCCUGCUGUAGCAAUGAGGCUGUCAGACACCAAGGCUGCUGGUGAGACAAAGGCACUACAACAAUUUAUGACUUUACUGGCUUCUGAUCCUGACCGAGCUUACUAUGGCAUCAAACAUGUUGAGCGCGCUAAUGACAGCCAAGCCAUAGAAACUUUAUUAGUUUCAGAUACGCUAUUCAGGUCCAAAGAUUUACCUGAGAGGCAACGUUAUGUGCGGCUUGUGGAUAGCGUGAAGGAAAAUGGAGGCGAGGUCAGGAUAUUCUCCAGCUUACAUGUGUCUGGGGAACAGUUGGACCAGAUGACUGGGGUGGCUGCUCUCUUACGUUUCCCUAUGCCCGAGAUUGAAGAAGAGGACCAUUCCCUUGAUUCUGACUCUGAAUAAAAAUGGCAUGAAGCAAAAUUAACUAUUACUGACAGGUGGAUUUUGCCAAAAGAACUGAGAAGUGACUUUGCAGUUGGCAGAAAGAAUGUGAUAAUGGCUUUAACAUUGGAAAAUGAAAUAGAAGCUUGUAAUAAAAUUGUAAUGCAU